GGGGCGGGAGUCACGUGUCGCGGCCCAGGCCUGAGGAGCUGGAGGCAGAGGCAGGGGACAGGGCUUGGCGCUGGAGGCCGGCUACAGCCGCAGGGGGUGGAUGAUGGGAGGUGAGCAUGGCCAAUGAGAAGAAACUGAAGAUUAGCAACACGCUGCUUCCCACCGAGUCGAUGAAAGUGAUCGCCGAAUCCAUAGGAAUCUCCCAGCUUUCGGAGGAAACUUGCCAAAGCUUGACUGAGGAGGUCAGCUACAGGAUCAAAGAGCUGGCCCAGGAUGCCCUGAAGUACAUGUACCAUGGCAAACGGAAGAAGCUAACGACGGUGGACAUCGACUGUGCUCUGAAGCUGAAAAAUGUGGAGCCGCUGUACGGGUUCCACGCCCAGGAGUUCAUUCCCUUCCGGUACGCCAGCGGGGGUGGGCGCGAGCUCCACUUCUACGAGGAGAAGGAGGUGGACCUCAGCGACAUCAUCAACACGCCCCUCCCGCGGGUGCCGUUGGACGUCUGUCUCAAAGCUCACUGGCUCAGUAUAGAGGGAAUCCAACCUGCCAUCCCAGAGAAUCCACCGCCCGGUAAGCUUCGGCAAUGUCUGCUGUCUCAUUUCUGA